CCUCUCCCCUUCCAGCAGCGCAAGCCCUCGCCCAGCCCUCACCGAAGUCAAGUGCCCAUAAAGCCGAGGCCGAGGGGCCGCCUCCUCCCGGCCCCCGCCCGCCUCACGCCCCGGGGGGACACCCAGCUCUGUCCCCUCAGCCGCCGCCCCCCCCCCCGCCCCAAGCCCGGGCGCGCGGCGGGCGGGGCCCCGCGGCCGUUACCGUUACCCCACCCGCGCCGCACGCGCCGCCGCGCGCCCGCCGUUGCCGUGGCGACGGGCUAAGCCGGGGCCUGGCUGCGGCUCGGCGGGCGCAGAGGGGGCGGACGGACGGACGGGCGGGCGGCGGCGGGCCGGCGGCUCGGCGGCUCGGCGCUGCCGGGGCAUGCACAACAAAGGCGGGAGGCGACGCGUCCCGGGAGGGCUCCGCAGGAUCUGUGGAAGAAACACUUCCCCUUACCUGGUCAUGCCUUUUGCUUUCCUCCCAGAACAAGACCCAGCCUUUCCUUCCCACAAUAGCCAAGAUCAUGUUAUAACCUAUGAUCACAGAAAGUCCUGAUCCUCACGUUUCUCUGCUGUCACCUGUGGGCUCCUCCAGAGCCGCGAAGAAGGGGGAACUCCAGCCCCACCAUGAGAAGACUGGGUCUUCUACGCAUGGCGACUCAACCCAUGUGAGAGCUCUCUUAUGUGAGUACCCAGCAGCACACUUUGCUGUCUGUGGUCUGUGGACAUUGACUGGCAUCUAAGCGACACCCCAGCUCCCUCCUCUCCCCCUAGACGCCACUGUCUUAGAGCCUCCAUGUGCAUUUGCUAUGACAUACAUCAGUGUUGAUGAGAGACAGGAACACUGCCGGGUGAUCUUGAGCUGCCAAAAUAAUCAGCUCUAUGCACAACAUGGCUUAAAGGAUUUUUCAGUUAGCAGCAUGCAUCCACUAAAGAACCUAGACACUCAUAUUUUUUCUGGGGACUUCCACACUCUAGACUACUGCCACACAGGCAAGGCACCUUUGGCCAGUCCUGUGGAAAACCGGAUGUAUCGGAGCGUGGAGAACCUUCACUGGGCAACAGUUGCUGACUCUGGGCUGUAUUCUCACUGCCGGAGCCUGGAUAACGAGAUCAUCUUUCGCUAUAGAGGCACCAGUCAGUGGACAGAAGGCUCUGUGGAUGUGGCCCCAGUACAGAGCACAUCAGACUCUCUGAGAAACCCUUCUCUCCAUGCUAAACAGACAUCUCGAUCGGCACAGAAUGUGCUCCUCCCUCCCUUUGCCAAAGUGCCUCAGUGGCUCUUCCCUUCUGCAGAGGAAAGAGCCCUACAUGGAGAUGCCAAAAAAGAGCUGAAGGAGAAGCUGAGACUGCAGAGCAGUAAGGUGGCAGAGCCCUGUAAGCCAGUGCGUCCACAGGUGGCCCUGCCUGACCUGAUGGCCCAGGAGUUUUUUGAAUGCCAGAUGUGCCGGCAGUACAAGAACGGUUGUGCUGUCAACUGCUGCACGGUUUUGGUGGAACACACUGCUUUCAGGCACAGCCUCACAGGGAGGCAGAGACUGUGUUUUGCACACAGGAUCAUCAGUCCAGAAGACAUCAAGCAGGAGGCUCAGAGGAGGCUUCAGCUCCGAAGGCAGAAUAGCUCCCCCAAUUUGCCCCUUCAGCAUGCCGGGGAAAGCCAUGAGAUGGCCAAAUCCAGAACAGCAGAAACCCUGGAACAAUAUAGUGGGGAAACAGAUGUCAAAGCCACACUGGGACAGAGCAAGAAAGGCCGCUGCAAAGGGAGGCUCUACAUACCCACCUUUGAGGAAUUCAAGCAAAUGAGAAGUAAGGAGGCAAAUUCAUCUGCCAGCAGCAGUGGGCCAACAGAUUGCUUGAAUAAGGGUCUGCCUGCAAACCAGACCCUGGAGGAGGAGAGCAAUAAGAAUAUCUGUCCAGAAGCUCAGGAGACCAAAGCUGUGAAUGAAGCUGCUGCCACAGCAGAGGAUGACGAUGAUGUGUUCCAUGAAAACCACACCUCUGCUGGCUUUUCCCAGUAUCCAGCCACAUGGGAUGGUUUCAGAAUGAGCAGCCCUGAGGUGAAGGACAGAACUUUCCAGAUCUCCAGCCUGGAUAGAUCGCCAGUCCCCAUUUGCUCUAGCCCUAUUCCACGAUCACCUUUACAGGCAGUAGCAAUACACAGAGCUGGGCAGGAGAUCUUCAGUGAUGAGCAGCAGAAAGGAGAGACAAGACAAUUAAAUGAUGUUCUCCACCUUGCAGGGCAGUCGCUGGCUUCUGAAGCCCAGUCCUCUUGCUGUUCAUCGCUGCUGUUAGAAGCCACAGACUUAUCCAGCUAUGGAGCUAAGCUACAAAAAAUGAAGGAUGAAUUCAUAGGCUCAGCCCUGGAACUUAUUAAGAAAAGCUGCAAUGCUGAGACUGCUGCCAAAUCCCCCUCCAAGGGACAGUGUGAUCUGAGGGAAGCUGAUCUCCCACCUCCGGAGGACAGCCAGCAGCCCACAGCGAUGUCCAUGGCAACAGAGACCUGGGAGGACAAGCCAAGCAAUGAGACAUCCAGCGACACUCCACCUGCAGGGAAUACCCCCAGUCCUGGCUGCCGUCGAUCCAGCUCUAACAUCGUUCAUGAGAGCACGGAUGGUGCCAAGGCUCAGCGGGAGUGCCGGCUGCGGCCACACUUCAGUGACCCUAUGCCGACAGACUCGGUGAAGAGGAAGCAGCUGGAGCUGAAGAUUGCAGCGGCAGCACGGCAGCACGCACAGAAGCGCCGGCAGGAGCGAGACUACGGUCCAGUGGUAGCAAAAGCCAACCUUGGCCAUGGUGGCAGCUUCGAUGAGACCCACCGUGCCCCACGUGGCUCCCUCCGCUCCAGACAUCAUUGGAGCAAUGUCAGCAGCCUGAGCACGGACAGUGGGAUUGUUGGUGUGAACGAUGUCCGGGAUGACCUGGAUCCCAGCGAGGCCACACGGACCAACUCAACGGAUGUGGGGAGGGCAGAUAGUGGCAUUGGCCAGAUGCCAGCCAGAAAGUGGAGGAACAGGGCAUCCGAAACGCUGAGCUCACUGCAGGCCUGGGAAGCCCACCGUCCCUGCACUGACUGUGGAGAAAGGGACCUCCCGGUGGAGACGGAUGUGCAGAACUGCAAUCAGAGGCGGGCUGACCUCUGUGAGAAGUGCCGCAAGCGCAGGACAGAGCGCAAGGAGUCUGUGCUGGAGUUUGUCAACACAGAGGCCAGCUAUGGAGAGGACCUGCGCAUCAUCAAAGAGGAGUUCUACCUCCCCAUGCAGGCGGCUGGGCUGCUGAGCCAGGAGCAGCUCCUGGGCAUCUUUAGCAACAUCCAGGAGCUCAUUGAUCUCAACGAGAACUUCCUGGAGAUACUCCAGGAAGAGAUUGAUCAGGCCUUUGACCAGGGUGAUGACGACCUGAUGACCGUGUGCAUUGGCGAAGUGUUUCUAGAGUUCGUCAACAUGUUGCCAGCCUUUCAGACCUACUGUCUUCAGCAGUCCUCCUCCGUGAAUAUGCUCAACGCACUGGAGAAGGAGAAAGAGUUGCUCAGAAUAUUCCUCAAUGUCUCCCAGAAUGACAACACAGCACUGCGGCGGAUGAACUUGAGGUCCUUCCUGAUGGCCCCUUUGCAAAGAGUCACGAAGUACCCACUGCUGCUCAGCAGAAUCAUCAAGGCCACCACUGAGUACCACCCAGAUCAUGGCAGCCUGCGGGAGGCCAAGAGCCGUAUCGAGUCCCACCUGGAGCACAUCAACAUGAAAACCAAGCAGGAGGGGAACACGUGGACCCUCCGAUCCUUUCGCCAGGACAGCAAGAAGAAGAGGGAAGUCAUCAACAUCGAGAUGAGAGAAACUGCCCUCAAAACUGUAGGCUGGCUGCGGGAGGAAACACGAUUUGUGAUGGAGGGGUCUCUGCAGCUGGCCCAGCCCCCCGAUGGCCAGUGGGUGAAAAAAGGCAGCAAGACCCUGAAGUUCCAGAACAUGCAGGUCCUCCUCCUGGUGAACAUGAAGCGUGUGUCCGAGUCCAGCCUGGAAUCAGCCGAGCCAGGGCCUGUGAAGGACGCCGUGCUGGUACUCAUCAGGGACAAAAAUAAUGGGAAGUUCCAUUUGCUCAGGGAGCCCUUGAGGCUGAGUAAUUGCAUUGUCUCCACUGAUCCCGACUGCGACGACACUUUUGAACUCAUUGAGAUCAGGCGGGAGGCGUUUGUGUUCCGGGACAGUGACCGGGCACGGACUCACCACUGGUUCAGGCAGAUUAGGCGGUACUCGAGGGAGCUGGGCUCCUGGAAGAAGCGGCGGAAUGCGCUGCCCAACAUCAUGAUCAGCACCCCUCACACCAGGCCCUAAGUCCUGCACGGGCAACACACAGGGAGACUUGGCUUGACCAAUGCCAUGUGCAAGGACCUUGGUGGCUUGAACUUGCUCUGCUCCAUGGACAACACAGGGAGGAGCCUGGCCCACAAAGACUCUUAGCAGCACUGGAAGCAAGCAUCACAGCCUAAUUCUGGUCUCCAGGCUCAGGACUCACAACCUGUUUGUGGCUGAUGUACAUACAGAGAUGGGCUUCCCUCGAGGAGCAGAUCUCUGGAGGAAAAUACUGAGUUUAACUUGUUAAUAUUGCACUGCAGGAGAAUGAUGUAUGAUGCUUGCCAUUGCAUGGAUCGUGUUGAAAGCCAGUCUUGACAACAUGAGAGAGGUUUCCACCAUUGACUGUAUUUCAUCAGCAUUAGGUAAAGUCAGGGUCAAAAUUAGGUGCAGUAUUAUGCAACAGAGGAUGAAAGUUGGAGACAAUUACGUUUCCCACCGCUACUCCUAAGGACUGUAUUUCAUUAUUCACCUCUGUAUAUUCAGUCAAAAUACUUGCUUAAAAAGAAAGGUCUUUCAUCUUUAAUCCAAAUCAAGUAGGUAUCAAUUUGCUCAGAUUCAGCUGCAUGCACACAGCAAAAGAAAAAAAGCAAACAAGAAUAAAAGGAGUUCUUGCUCUCUGACACAUACACCCCAAAUAUGCGUAGAACCUGUGGAAGAGCAGUAUACCCCCACUGAAAGUCUGUUAUUUAACUGACUUAGGGACUAGAACAUAAUGCCGCAUCUGAAAUAUCUCAGAAGUGUAUGUAAAUAUAGCUCUGCUACCACUAAUAGUGAACUUAAAAGUUUGCGAUUAUUUAAAUGAUGUAAUCUAGUGUAUUUCAGAAUUUAAUUGAAAGGAACAAUUUACAUUGUACUGUAGAGUAACAUAAAAGGUUUUAAUAAUUA